GGUAAUCACACUCCGAUAAAGUAUUCACUAUUCAGAGACUUUUAUUUCUUUUAUUAUAUUUUUAUUUUAUUCCAAUACUCUCUGGUUCCUUGAACAAGAUUUAAUCCAGUCUUUAGAGGAGGAAUGAGAUUGUCCUCCGCUGUCUUCAAGUAUGUGAAAUAGAAGGUGAUUUGUGCCUGUAUUUUUAUCGAGGUCUAACCCAUAUUUUCUUCUCUCGAUCUGCUUGUGAAGUUCUCCAAAAUUUUUGUUUUGGAUAAGCAUACUAGUGUGGUGGACAUGGAUUUCGAGAUUGACUUCUUCUGGGUCAAAUCACGUGUAGGGAAGCUAUAAAAUAUUGGGGAAAAGGUUUAUACAAUAUAAAGGAUUUGGAAAGCUUCUGCCAUUUAUUUUUCUACUUAGAAGUCUGGGGAUUAAUGUCGUUCCGCAGUAUAUCUCGCGAUAUAAGAUCGAGUUUCAGGAGCUUAUCCCGGCGGAGUUUUGAUGUCAGCCUGAUCCAUCAUCACAGGGGAAAAUCACAUGGUUCAUUCCAUGACUUGAAUGACCAACCUUUGGUAAUUCAGAAUAGUCGCUGGGCUAAUCUUCCACCAGAAUUACUUUUUGAUGUGAUUAGAAGAUUGGAAGAGAGUGAAAGCACAUGGCCUGAUCGAAAACACCUGGUUUCAUGCGCUGCUGUUUGCCGAUCAUGGAGGAUUAUGUGUAGGGAAAUUGUCAAAAGUCCAGAGUUAUGCGGGAAGCUUACUUUUCCCAUUUCCUUAAAGCAGCCUGGACCUCGUGAUGGAACCAUUCAAUGCUUCAUUAAGAGGGACAAAUCUAAUUUAACAUAUCAUCUUUACCUUUGUCUUAGUCCUGCUUUGCUAGUUGAAAAUGGCAAGUUUCUUCUCUCUGCAAAAAGAACCCGUCGAACUUCUUGUACAGAGUAUGUUAUCUCCAUGGAUGCAGAUAACAUGUCUAGAUCAAGCAGCACAUAUAUUGGGAAACUAAGAUCAAAUUUUCUUGGUACGAAGUUUAUAAUAUAUGACCCACAGCCUCCGCAUACUUGUUCACACAUCCCUCAACCUGGAAAAACAAGUCGGAGAUUCUAUUCCAAGAAAGUGUCUCCAAAAUUACCAACUGGCAGCUACAACAUAGCCCAAAUUAAAUAUGAACUGAAUGUGCUUGGGACACGGGGUCCCCGCAGGAUGCAUUGCAUGAUGCACUCAAUACCCUUCUCGUCCCUUGAACCCGGUGGGGUAGUACCUGGACAACCCGAGCUUCUUCAGAGGCCCCUUGAGGACUCGUUUCGAAGCAUCUCCUUCUCAAAAUCUCUCGAUCACUCUACUGAGUUUAGUAGCUCACGUUUCUCUGAUAUUGCUCGGCUGGCCAAUGAGGACAACGAUAGUAAAUCAGGUCCGCUGAUUCUCAAGAACAAGUCUCCCAGAUGGCAUGAACAAUUACAGUGUUGGUGCCUAAAUUUCCGAGGGCGGGUAACAGUCGCAUCAGUCAAGAAUUUUCAGUUGAUAGCAGCCAAUCAACCAACCACUAACACCCAAAUGACGUCUCAACCAUCACAGUCGUCCGACCAUAAUAAAAUCAUCCUCCAGUUUGGCAAGGUUGGUAAAGAUAUGUUCACAAUGGAUUAUCGAUAUCCAUUAUCUGCUUUUCAGGCAUUCGCAAUCUGCUUGAGCAGCUUUGACACCAAAUUGGCUUGUGAAUAGAGAGAUCUCAAGACAAUGCUGUUAACAAUCUGUAAUUGUAAUUUGUUCUCUAUAAAGAUUGUUGAUAAUUUCGUUAGGUGGCUGUCGAACCCAAUUAUAAAUUCAACUGUGGAGAGAUGACAGGUCUCUCCCCUUGGUGUAACAAUGCUUAUUGGAUCUCAUUUACUUGAAUCUCAUUCUCUUCAUAUGGAAUUUUUCUGGAAUGAA